GUGCGAUACCAGCCCAUACUCCGUAUCGUGCGUUACAAGGAUUUACUCUUUGACCUCUUAUCCUAGCGUACCGUUACACUUUUCAGUAUGAGAUAGAAUCAUGGGCAGCAGCUGUAGUAAGCAACAAACCGUUGUCAACGUGUCCUUAAUCUCGGAUGGCCGCGUUCCGCAUUCGCAAGCGGUCGGUCAAGCUAAUGCCGACCCAGCGAACCUCCGACGCGCGGCGAAAGUUGGCGAUAGUGCCGAGUUGGAAAGGCUAUUAAAGCGCUUGCAGACGAAUGACAUUCGAGGUGGAGCGAAGAAGAACGAAGGAGUACCCGAGGAGGAAGGCCACACCGCCCUGCAUUUCGCCGCGACCCGCGGGUCACUGCCAUGUGUGGAGCUGCUGUUGCUGUACGGCGCUGACAUCAACAGCCGGGGCGCUGGGGGCGUCACACCCCUGCAUUGCGCACUCCAGGCCGGUCGGCGGCUAGUGGUUACACUUCUGCUGGUUCAUGGGGCCGAUGUGAAUGCGCAAGAUGACUCCGGAACCACUCCGCUGCUGUCUGUAAUGCUUGCGGGCCGCAAGCGCCUGGCCACCUGGUUUUUGGACCUAAGGCUCCCAUCGCAAAAGGGCGCUAAAAGCACAGCGACGGAUGAGACAGCAGCAGCAGCAUCAAGAAGCGGAAGAGCAGGAGGGUCCUUCGAAGGGCCAACCGGGGGAGUGACAGCAGGGGCAACAGCAGAAGCAACAUGCGCCCUAAGUGGCACUAGUCUUGCUGCUACGCCAGCAGCACUAGCAAACGCUGCCGCAACUGCAGCAACGGUAAUCGAUGUGGGCCUUACGGAUUGUACGGGAGUGGGUCCUUGUACGGCAGCAGCUCGGUACGGCUGGUGGGAUCUUUUGGAGCAGCUGGUCGAACGAGCACGAGAUUCGCAAACGGCCCUUAACAUCCGCAGCGAGGACGGCGAGACGCCGCUGGGCUGGGCGCUGCAGUACGGCGCUGCGGGGCUGCUAGCGGGGCCGCCGCUGCAGGGCCUGGUGGAGGGGCUGCUGGGGAGGGGGGCGGCGUGGGGGCUGCAGGUGUUUGAGCAGCAGAUCCCUCCGCUCUGUCUGGCUGCUGCCACGGGCGACCCCUCGCUGGUGCGCUGCCUGCUGCGCCUGCCGGGCGCCUCGCUGGACCCGCUGACCUGCCGGGACAAGCUGGGCCGCAACCCGCUCCACUACGCGGCAGCCAAAGGUCAUGCGCCGCUCUGCUCACUGCUCAUCGACUGGGGCCGGCCCACCCUCCAGCCGCACUACCGCGAUGUGGGAGGUAACACGCCGCUGCACCUGGCGGCGGCGCGGGGACACGGGGAGGCGGUGGGGAUGCUGCUGGAGAGGGCGGCUAACCCGGGGAAAGUCAUCCUGGCCCCCAACCAGGCGGGUGUGUCCACCUACCAUCUGGUGCUGGGAGCGGGGCCGGGGCAGCAGGCGGAGCAGGACGCACUAUGGGUGCUGGACCGCAUAGCGCCCCAGGACGCAGCUAAACACGUCAUGCAACAGCAGCGGAUGGUGGAGACGCCGCUGCUGCUAGCGGUUCGGAGCCACAUGGCUGGGGUGGUGGAGAGGCUGCUGGACCUGGGACACGACCCCAACCAGGCCAACCACCGAGGGGACAGUCCGCUAGCACGCUGCCUGCGCGGCGCCUCCCCCGCCACCGCAGCAGCGGAUGCGGCCAUCUGCCGCAUGCUGCUGGAGAGGGGGGCGGUACUGCAGCAAAGCGGAUCCUCCCAUCCGCUCAUGUCAAUAUGCCGUACACCGCUUUCCGGCUUUGCCAAUGAGGUCGUGGCAGCCCUGACGGCAGCGCCACGUGGGGUGUACGGCAACAGCUGCGGCAGCGGAGGCUGUGUCGUACCCGCGCUGCAGUGGGAUCGUUGUACGGAUGGAUCCAAGGCCGCGAGGGGGCCGCUCCAUGUGGCGGCGCUGUACGACAAUGCCUUCAUGAUCCACUACUUGGUGGAAACUGUCAAGAUGGAGGUCGACGUGCGCAGCGGCGAGGGCCUCACGCCCCUCAUGUACGCAGCCUGGGCCUGCAGCCUCAACGCAAUCAAAGCGCUUCUCAACCGCGGCGCCGACCCACGGGUCACCGACCCGGCGGGUCACUCCGUAUUGAGCUACUGCCUGCGUUUGGACCGCCCUGAAAGCCUGUCCUGCGCUGCAGCCCUGGUGGCCAUGGGCGCGGCUCCUGAGCCCUGUGUGGACGUGCGAGGAGAGGGAUUGCUACACCGAGCUGUGAGAUACGGCACCUCGGGUUUCAUUCGGUUGUGGGCUCACUACGGCGGCGACAUGUGUCAGUUGGUCACAACCGACCCAACCGCUAACGACGCGCCGGAAGAACCACCACCGCACCUACUCGACCCGGAUUCGGUUUUAGCCAAACACAAGAACACAGCCGACGCAAGCGCCGAGGCUUCGGCGGCGGCAGUGACAGCGGCGGCUGCUGCAUACACAGCAACGGAGGUGGCGGCAACGGCGGCGGUGGCGGCGGCGAUCGGUAUUGGCUCCCCGCAGCUGCUCACGCCUGACGUAACGGGAUCCCGUUGGGCAGGAGAUUAUAUGGACCGAGUACCUUGCCCCCUGGAGGUGGAGGAGGAGUUUGAGGACGAGCGAGCCGCGAGGGAGGCUGCGGCGGCGGCGGAGGUUGAGAAGGCGGCAGCUGCAGCAGUGGCAGCGGCAGCCGCCACUACUGCGACUACUGCUGCCCCUGCUGCCCCUGCUGCCCCUGCUGCCCCUGCUGCCCCUGCUGGCACACGCGCACUUGCUGGAACCGGUAGCUCCCCCCCACUGCAGCUGCAGCCUUCUGUCAGCACAGCGCCAGUACUUGGAGGCGUCGGCGCCGGCGGCGGCGGCGGCGGCGGAGGAUCAGCAUCGGCAGCAGCAGCAGCAGCAGCAGCAGCCGAGCAGCGUCCUCCGCAGGCGACACUCGGCAAGCUGCCCUCGCUGGCUCGUGUCAGGACGCAAGCGCUCAUGCGCGCGCAUUCCGACGCCCAAGACGCGCUGCUGCUGGGCCCUAUUCGAGCCCUAGUCCGAGAACGAGCCCAGGAGAUUGAGGCGACGCUUCCCAGCAGCGGCCGGGCGGGCUCCCUCGCCCCCUUGGCACACAUCCCUCCCGGCAUGUUACCAACGUUGUCUAGCAGGGCGCCGUCUAUGUCAAUGACGACGACGGCAGCACCCAGGUUGGCCGGGUUGGUGGAUCCAGCGAGGGCGCAGCAGCCGAUCGUGUUGGCGCCGAUCGUUCCCCUGCCGCGGCCGUCGGUGCUGACGUCGGCGUCGUUGCCUGCUAGGAAGGGCGGAAGGGAGGAGGUGGUGAGGCAGGAGGUGGACAGAGGGGGUGACGUGCAGCAGAGGCAAUACGGGCGGGUUGGGAAGCUUCAGGCAGCUGCGGGGUCGGAGAUUGAGCCGGCGGAGGAGGUCGCUGCGGGGGGCCCUGUGGCUGAGGCUCGGGAGGAGGAGGUAACGGGCAGCAGCGAUGGUGGCUGCGGCAGCGGCAGUGGCAGCGGUGGCGGUAGCAGCGGUUGUGAUGCGGAUGGCAGUGACGGUGGUAGUGGUAACGCUUGCUGCAGUGACAGCGACACCGUGGAUUCGACAUCAGGGGAGGGAGAUGAUGGAAGCAUUAGUGCGGAUCCGUACUUCCGCACAAGCAACCGCUACAAGGGCUUUCCACGGUACAUGGACGAGCAACUGGUUGACGUGGAGCCCGCCUCGCAGUCCGAGCUGCUGUCGCUGGCUGACGAGCUGUCGGGGCGGCUACGACGCUACUGGCCGCCUGCGGAGCGAGAUGAGGAGCUGCUGCGGGGGGCGGACCUGCGGGAGAGGAACCUCAAGUUCUUCCACCUGAGCCUCACCCCCGCGGAGUACCCCCUCCGACCCGGCCAGUGGAGAGCUUCCGAGGCCAGGGCUAGACUGGCCGUACAGGCAGCCCGGCUUCAGGACCCAAGCGACCCAUGGGUCAUCACCACAGACAGCAAGGCUGCUUCACUGGGAGGGGCCGUUGGUACUUCUUCCCGCAAGAAUGUGGCAGCUGAUGCUCCCUCCUCGGAGCUCCUGCCCAUGCCCAUCAGGCCCGAACUUUGCUCUUGUAGCGCCCUGGUCUACGCCGUUCGUCUGGCCCGCACCUCCUGUGUCGCCGCACUCCUCUCAUCCUGCCUCGCGCCCCUACUCAACCUCCCAGACGGCUGGGGCCUGCCCCCCGUAGCCUACGCAGCCUUUAUGACCGCUCGGGACCACUUCAGCCGCCGUAGCAGUGGCAGCAGCAGCAGUAACAGCGGCAGUGGCGGCUGUAGCAUCCGGCUGGCUCACGUGUACGACAUGUUGCUUGAGAAGCUGCCGCAGGUGAACUUCCUGGCUGCACCGCUCCCUGACCUUGCGCCUGUCGGACCGACAGCAGCGGAGGCGGCGGCGGCGGCAGCGGAGGCGGCGGCAACUGUGUCAGCAGGACCGGCUGCCGCAGCAGUAGCAAGACAGCAGCAGCAGCAGCAGCAGCCAGCCCCCCAGCCGCCGCUGCUGAGUCCGGUUGCGCUGGCGGCGGUGUGUGGGGACGCCGCCCGCCUGGCCCAUUUGGUGCUCAGAUGCGGGGCGGACAUACACAACUGCUGGACGCCUCUGCCGUACAUCCCCGCCUACCUGUACGGUGGCUGGGAGGCCCAACACGCGGCGGGGGCUGACAGCUGCUGCUGCCCGCCGCUGGCACUGGCAGUGCUGAGCGGCAGGAGGGAAAUGGUCAAGUUGCUCUUGGACCUAGGCGCUGACCCGAACGCUUAUUGUGAGGUUGCUGAUCCUCGGGUCAAGACACGGUUGGCUCGUGAGGUUGCGGAGGCAGCAACGCAGGAGGCGGAUCGCGCGGCAGGUGCGGGGCAGGCGAUGCAGGGGCAGACGCAAGAUCUGCUGGAAAGCAGCAUCAAGCGAAUCCUUGCCCACACGGACCUUCCAACACCUGCCGCCGGCAACGCCUACACGAGCGACAACCCCACUACUACCACCACCUCCCGCACCGUAAGCAACAACAACAGCAGGAACCCCAGCAGCAGCAUCCACAACAACAGCAUAAGCCCUCCGCCUCCUCCGCCGCCGCCGCCGCUGCUACACCGGCCUCCGUCCCAGUUUGCCUCCCCGCUGCACCUGGCGGCAGGCAGCGGCCAAGCGGAGGUUGCCUUCCUCUUAAUCAGGCGGGGAGCGCUGACUGAUGGUGGCCCUGCGGCGCCGUACAAUGCGAGAUCCCCGCUGCAGGAGGCCCUAUCUUACGCCAGGACGCACCAUACAAUGACGAACGCCACAGCAAAGCGCAAGAACUGGGAGAAGUUCCACACCGCCCUCGCCGCCCUGCUGCUGCACAUUGGCGGAGGCAGCAAUAAAGACAUCAGCGGCAGCAACUGCGGCAGCUUCGACAAAACAGGUGAUGGGAGCAGCACCAGCAGCCUUCAGCACCAGCAUCCGCCGGGCUCCGCACAACAACAGCGGCUGCAACAACCCGGACACGCUGCUGCGGUUCAAUCGCUGGCACCUGCAGCCAAGCACGCAGCCCAAGCCCUAGCUCACAUGCGCGCCCGACCCAUCGCCCACCGAGACCCCGCGCUGUGGGCCGCCCACGUGCUGCUGACCCAUGGGGCGCCGUACGACCUGUACGACACACAGACGUACAUCGUACUGCGGGACGUGAUGGACAACGGCACAUGGGGCUGGCUGCUCCCCGGCGGGUCACCUUCAGCGCCCGCCUCCUCCUCUGUCCCUCCCUCCUCCUGGCUCUCCUCCUCAACGGCCAUUCAAGACCUAGCCGCCCUGGCUGCGCAUCACUCCCAGCAGCAGCUGCUGCAGCAACAGCAACAGCAACCCCAGCAGCAGCAGCAGCAACACGCCGACAGCCGCGGGCAACCCUGCCCGCGGCAGCAGUUUGCAGCACGGGCCGAGGAGUUGUACCUGGACGCGGGCUGCCGGGUACUGCACCAACUCACGUCCAGCAGCGGGAGCCGUACAACAACCACCGACUCUAACCGCUCCAACCUGUUGUUACUGGACGAGCAACGAAGCUACUUGUACGACAAAUGGCGUCCGACAGCUGUGGAGCUGGUUGGGGCGGCCCUGCGCCGUCACGUGCGGGGCUGUGAGGUUCUGCUGCGGGAGCACGUUGCGGCUCGUGCGGAGGAGCUGGUGGAGGCGGCGAAGGAGCUGGAGGGCGGUGUGGUGCUACAGGAGGAGUGCGAGGAGGGCAGGGCAGUUUCGGCGUCAGGGGCAGCAGCAGCAGCAGGGGCCCACCUCCGUGCCCGGGGUGCUGGUAUGGUUGGUAAUCGAGCAACCAAGCCCCACACUUCAUUCGUUUAUCCACGUACCUUGGCGCCUGCAACAACGCCAACACCAGCAACAACAUCAAUACCAGCAACAGCAACAGCAGCAGCAGCAACACCAACACCAGCAGCAGCAGCACAGCAACAGCCGCUAGCCGCAGCCAGCUGCAACAGACGCGGCUGCCGGUCCUGCCAGGCCGCAGCAGCGGACCGGUUGAGGGCUUGGGCAGCCGGGCUGGCAGCUGAGGAGGGCAGCUGGCGGCGAAUGGCGCUUUGGGGCUUCUCCGGCGGAUCCUUCCUAGGCGUCCCGCCGCCAACGGCCCUGGGAUCAACAACGCUGCCGCCAGCCAAGUCCCCAUCGUCAUUAGCACUACAGGAUUCGCCGCUGCCGUCGCUGGCCGUGGCCACGAAUGGAGGCGCUGUUAGCGGCGGUGACGGUAGUGGUGGAUGCAGCAGCAGCAGCAACGGAGGGUGCGAGGAGGUGUCAGAGGAGGAGUUGGUGCGGCUGUGUGAGGCGGAGCUACUUCAGCGCUUGGGGAGGCUGCAUGACACGUUGGAGCUCGAGACGGCCCUGGAGAGGCUCCAGCGCAUUAGCAGUCUGCCGGUGGAGUGGCAUCUGGGCCGGCUGCGGGCUGCAGAGCGGGACCUUGCUUGCUUGCUUGGGGUGGCGGGUGAGGGAGCAGGAGACACUGCGGGGCAGAGGGCGCCUAAAUAGGCCCCAGGUAGGGGCUGGGUGGAGUGCUGGAACCGCUGGGAAGGGACGGGCACAUGCGCGAGGGCAUGUGUGUGAGGGGGCUUGAACGGGAGCUGUUGCAGAUCGGGAGAAGUGCUGGGGCUGCUGCCAUGUGGAUUAGGGCGAGCAGGAGGGGCAGCAGAGGGGGGUGGGGAAGUGUGAGGGGGGUGAUGCAGAUAGUACGGCUGAUGAUUGGGCAAUGAACAUGCUCGUAUGGUAGAUUGGUACUGACUGGCUGCUCUGCCGUUGUGAUUUUCGUCCUUUCUUAAUACUUGACUUCACAACAGCAACUGCCAAACAAGGUCUUCCUGCUGUGAUCUACCUACCGGUAUCUUAACUUGUUUUGGAAGCAUCAAUGUUGUACGGCGACGGUUGGAGCACAUUGAUCCAGGUUCUUCUCUCUAGCAUUGUUGGUCUUCUCGUCCUUGUCUUUUGAAGUUCUUUAACUUCCUUUCAAGCACUAAAGUAGCGCUGGGGACGUUAGCGCCAUUACCGGUGUUCCCUUAGUGCUGUACAAGACUACUGGUUUAUGAAGGUUAUUGAGGCGCAGGAAUGGGAAUGUAUCCUGUUGCACCUGAUGUCCAGCCUUACCUAUUGUAUUCCCGUGAGGAUACGGUCUUCAUCCACAUGUCUUCCCUGACCUGUGUUAAUUUAUUGCUGCUGUGUAUGGCUGCUGUAUUCCUGUAUGGCGCCCUCCUUUAGGCGCCACAAACCAUCCUCAUCUCUUUAUGAACCGGUGUCGUCGUGCCUACUUAAGGCGUUCAAUGGCGCAACGGUGUGAUGGUACGUGCGACUUUGUAAAGUAGCAAAUUCAAGUACGG